GAUAGCCGGCUAGUUUAUGACCACGGUGGAUCUCUACCACCCAAAGAAGCACUCGUCUGUCUUGUCAUCGGCGAAAGGAUUCCGGAUCCGCCAAUACCGUCGUCGUAUCACUGGAUCCAGUGUUUAGUUUACCCCCUGAAACAGAGAGCACUUGAGCUGAAGAUUGGUUGAAUUUCUAUUCUCCCGAGUAUAGAAGCUGACAGGUGAUUGGUGCAUAAUUAGUCACAUGACCCAUCGACAGGUCGUCUGCUGUUCCGGCGAUGAUUUGAACCCUCAUAAUAUGUCGUAUGGAUUGGAGAAUGAAUUAACUAGCAGAGAUAGAGACAUGCACAAAACAGCAGCAUACUACAACCACGCGCCGCCAUACCAGGCGUAUUUUCCUGUCGAAAAUGGAUACCCUUCCUUUGACGCACCGUAUGGGCAUCCGAGCCCUUCUCCACCUGGUGGAGACUUCUAUCCGUGUUCUCUUCAGAGUUCCCAUAAUCCUUCACAUGGAUCCGAAUAUAUUCCCACCCAGGCACAUUAUCCGGGUAACGAACCGUACCCUAACGGCCACAGCCUACCGACUGUCUCCUGUCCCCCCGGGGCACCAAACACCGAGUCAGCAAUUCCUCGAAAACAAAGUGAGAUUUAUCCAUGGAUGAAGGAUUCUAGACAAAAUUCAAAACAACGUCAACAACAGCAAAAUCAGCAGAAUCAGCCACAACAACAGAAUCCACAACAACAACAACAGCAACAACCAGCAACACAGUCUUCACAACAAUCUCAGACAACUCCGCCCCAGCAACAACAGCAACAACAGUCACAAGCUCAAUCUCAGUCACAGUUAUCAGAACCAACCAAAAGAGCCCGGACCGCCUACACAAGCGCCCAGCUGGUGGAACUGGAAAAGGAAUUUCACUUUAACAGAUAUCUAUGUCGACCAAGACGGAUAGAAAUGGCAGCCCUUCUGAAUCUUACAGAACGACAAAUCAAGAUCUGGUUUCAGAACAGGAGAAUGAAAUUUAAAAAGGAACAGCGGCAUAAAUCGUCUGAUAAAUGCGGACGACUGGACGGUGGUAAUAUGUCCGGAACGGACAGUGAUAGUCAAGGAUCUCUGUCGGGAGGGCCGGACGGCCUGGGCAGUGAUUGUGGUGGUAAACUUAGUCCGGACAGUCUAAAUCACGGAAACGUGAACGGGCACGGAAUCCAGUCAGGAAUGGGAUUAUCUAUUCACCAAGGAAUGCCCCAACAACAUUCGCCGCAGCUGCCCAGUCCUCAACCUCAUCCCCACCCCAAUCAGACUAAUAUUGGAGUAACGUCAUACCCAGGUGAAAAUAUCAUGAAUCCAUAUCAACAGUAUCAGCAGAAGCAGAGUCCCAAUUCUCCAUUAAUGAAACCAUCAAUGUCCCCGAACUCCCAUCAUCAGAACGGCCCAAAUAUGAACAUGCAAAAUAUGGGUCAACCUCAUCAGCAGCAGCCUCCUCAACACCACCAACAUCAGCAACAUAUGACGUCACACCAACAGUACCUACACGUGAGCCAGUCCGGCCAAGGUUAUCACUCCGGUCACUAUAUGAAUAACAUAUACCCGGAUGUAAACUCCAUGGAGGACACUGACCCUGGGGUCAACAUGGGAGUUAACUCUAUAUACCCGUCCAGCAUGCCUUGUGCGGUCAGUAGCGUCAAUAACUGUUACUCUCAGGGCUACGACUACGUGCCAAAACUGACUCACCUGUAAUUGGAACGCCAUCACGGUAUUUUUAUAAGAAUAAAAUAAGUAUUGAUACAAUUACAAUAUCAUGUAUUCAGAUAGUGUGUAUAUCAUAACAUUUCAGGAUAAAAUAAAUUGAUCAAUAAUAUUUCAUUCUGUUGAAUUCAGAAUAUUUUGA